GCUGCGAUCGGGGACGCCGCGCGCCCUCGGUUCCCGGGCACCGCGAGGGCGAAGCCCCGGAGCGCAACCCCUGCUCGGGGCACAGACUGCUGCGAGAGGGAACCUCAAAGUCUGGAGGUCUGCAACAGCCAAUCAAGUCACACUUGUAAACAGUUCCCUGAUCACCAGUGCCCCUUAGAAAUGGAGCGUGCUCUCUGCCUCUGCCUUUUCCUCCUUACCCUGACUGAAGAUUCCAACCAGAUUGAGGACAACAAGAUCCCCAGCUUGUGUGCAGGGCAGCCGGGAAUCCCAGGAAACCCUGGGAUUCAUGGCAGUCAAGGGCUGCCUGGCAGAGACGGACGCGACGGCCGGGAUGGAGCAGCGGGGAUGCCGGGGGAGAAGGGCGAGCUGGGGCAGCCAGGACCAUCAGGACCAAGGGGAGAAAGAGGAAGUGCCGGCAUAAACGGGCUGCCAGGAGAGAAGGGAACCCAGGGUGAGUGCGCAGUGGCACCCCGCUCGGCCUUCAGUGCCAAGCGCUCGGAGUCACGCAGCCCGCCCCUGGCUGACCAGCCAAUCGUCUUUGACAUCGUGCUGAUCAAUGAGCAAGGUCACUACGAUGGGAACACGGGAAAGUUCCUCUGCGAGAUCCCUGGUCUGUACUACUUCGCCGUCCACGCCACCGUGUACCGCAUGAGCCUCCAGUUCGACAUCAUGAAGAACGGCAAGUCGGUGGCUUCCUUCUUCCAGUUUUACGGCAACUGGCCCAAGCCCACCUCAUUGUCUGGUGGCACCCUGGUACGGCUGGAGCCCGAGGACGAAGUCUGGGUGCAGGUCGGGGUGGGAGACUAUACUGGCUUCUACGCCAGUGUCAAGACGGACAGCACCUUCACGGGGUUUCUGGUCUAUUCCUACUGGCCGAACUCUCCCGUUUUUGCUUAACUGUCAAGGUCCUCCACUCCGCCAUCACAUGAUUAGCGGAGAACUCCUAGCUCUGCCACAGACAUUAUCCACAGGAUAAACAUGUUUUCUUAACCCAAGGGGUGUGACACCCCUUUAGUUAAUGCCCAUUUAAGGGUCUUAGGUUCUUUCCAUUCUGACCAGCAGAGGAUGUUCUCCAGACAACCCCAAGCCAAGGAAAUGAUAACCGUCUGACAGAGAAGCAAGUAAUAUGUGUGUUUUGCUGUAGUAAGCAAAGCGUAUUCUUUGAAACUACCUAGCUCCUUUCCCCUCCAUUUCACUGUCUUCAGAAGCAGCCAAAUUGACAUGAUUUGGGCCAUUUCUCUCCCUCCUCAACUCCCCGAUAGAUAAGGGCCAGUAUGGAGCACUGGACAGAGUAUACAGCCAGGGAGUCAGGAGAGAAGAGUGGAAUGUUAUUUUGCACGAUGGAAAGUGCCAUAAAAGUAAUUCUAAAUAAUAAUAAUAAUUAGUAACAGGUUUGUUUGCAUGUUGUCCUCUUAACUAGGAUGCCACAUUCUCAGAACCAGAGGAGUUAGCCGUGUUAGUCUGUAGUCGCAAAAUAGUAGAGUCCAGUAGCACCUUUAAGACUAACCAACUUUAUUGUAGCAUAAG